AGCAGGAGGAGUGUGUCUCAAGUGGGGGAGGCUAAGUCCUGGAAGGUGGCAGUUUUCCUGGGCCGGCUGCGCGGGGAGCAGGUGGAAAGGCCCGCCUGGGCGGCCGGGGCUUCGGCCUCAGGCUCCGGGAAAUGGCUUCGAGGGGCAGGAUGGAGGACGGUUCUUUGGAUCUCACCCAAAGUAUUGAAGAUGACCCCCUUCUGGACACCCAGCAUCUCCCACAUCAUUCAUUACAUGCCCAGUUUAGACCCAGAUUCCAUCCUCUUCCUACAGUCAUCAUAGCAAAUCUUCUCUUAUUAAUACAUGUUGUAUUUGUCAUUUUAGCAUUUUUAACAGGUGUACUUUGCUCUUACCCUAAUCCAAUUGAGGACAAGUGCCCAGGGAACUAUAUCAACCCAUUGAAAGUGCAGACCGUCAUAAUCCUUGGAAAAGUUAUUUUGUGGAUUCUGCAUUUCCUUCUCGAACGCUACAUCCAGUACCACCACAGCAAAGUCAGAAACCGAGGCUAUAACACGAUCUACCUAUCCACAAGGCAUCUUAAAGGACUUGCACUGAUGAUACACUCAACCGGCAGCACAGCUCUCCUCCUCGUGCUGUGCGUGCAGCACUCCUUCCCGGAGCCCAGCAGGUUGUAUCUUGACCUCAUCCUGGCCAUCCUGGCCCUGGAACUCAUCUGUUCCCUGACGUGUCUGCUCGUUUACACAGUGAAAAUUCGAAAAUUUAAUAAAGCCAAACCACAGCCUGAUGUACUUGAAGAAGAAAAAAUCUAUGCUUACCCCAGCAAUAUUACCUCGGAGACUGGAUUCAGGACUAUUUCAAGCCUAGAAGACAUCGUUGAAAAGCAAGGAGACAUAAUCGCCUACCUGAAGCGACACAAUGCCCUGCUGAGUAAGCGCUUGUUGACUUUCACUUCCUCUGACCUCGACUCUCCGCCCAGUCGCGGGUGAGAGGCUCAAGGUCAGGAAAGCAGUUGCAGAGGAAUGCAGAGGAAUCUAAGACUGACUGGACGACCUGACACGCUGUCCUCGGGAAUGGCAGUUUUGGCCAGAUAACAUUUGACAGUUUUUGUUGGAAGCCUGAAUUUCGCUCUCACCUGUGUGGCUGUUUAGUAGGUGGGACUUGUGGGUCACUUGAAAGGUACUUCGCAGAGCCCGGAUAACUCGAGGAAAACACGUGUGUUUGCACAUUUUGAAGUGGUUUAACUGUCUGGUUUAUCCUAAGAUCAAAGGUAUAGUGUAAACAUCUUCUCGCCCAACAUUAGAACCCGGUAAUAAUUUGGCUAUUUAUAGGGAGGAAAUCUGACAUGAUGAUCCGGUUGAAACAAGGGUUUGAUCAAAUAAGUUCUUUCCACUCUUAAAGUGAUGAGAGAAGUCAGUAGUUUUUAUGGUUAAUGUUGUUUUCCCCUGCAGAGCCUCCUCAUGUACUGAACAUGCUUGUGUGGUAUGGGAUUACAGUUUGGCCCAGGUAGCUCUUAUGGAGAAUUUCCUCUUUGUAAGACCAGUCUCACUAGGUGAUUUACUAUGCAAACUCCUACAGUUUUCCAUUCUCCAGAAAUAAGAUAAUCAAGAUUACUUAGACCAGUGUCAGACUGACAAGUGUUGCUCGUUACAUCAGCAGCACCUUCCAUUGGCAACAGCUGAAAUACUUUGGAGAAAACUUGAGAACGUUCCCUUUAUUUUAAUCCUUCUUCAAAAAGUUGCCAUGUGUUUCAGUAUUGACUAUACCUUGAUUAGAUCAAGAAAGGUAUGUUCUGUGGCUUUACGUUGGUCUAAAAAGAACCUUUUUUAGCCUUGAAUUACACUUUCUUAAGUUUUAUUUAUUUAAGUAAUCUCUACACCCAAUGUGAGGCUCGAACUCAGAACCCAGAGAUCAAGAGUCACAAGCUCUUCCAACUGAGCCAGCCAGGCCCCCCUUGGAGUACACUUUUAAAUUAUGAGAAUGAGGUGUCAUAUAAACUUGCAUAUAGAUAUUAAUCAUAUCUAAUUCUCCAGGUGAAAUGAAGCAUUUUUAUGAGUAAAGGGCAUUAUUUCCCCAGUUUUCCUAGUUUGCCCCUUUAAUUUAUCCAUUUGCAUUAGCACCUUUAUAUACUGCCCUAGAAAGCUUAAUAGGAUGGGAGGGGACAUUUGUGAUCAUGUGUGUUGGUCAUUAGCCGAAUAAAUCAAGACCUCAUUUGAAAACCCGUAAGCUAUACACAACUGUUUGGCAGGGGAUGUAUUGAUUUGGUCACAUCCAGGUACUUAGGAGGGCGAACACCAGUUUCCUUUAGCUCUAGUCAUUGAUGGGACAUUCUAAAAGCUUUCUACCAAGGUGAAAGUGUUGGUGUGUCACCUGUAGGCAGUCUCCUUGAAGCCUCAAAAUGACAGCGUUCACAAACUAAAGCCAAAAUUAUAUUUUUUAAAAUUCAGAUCGUAUCCAAGUUUCCUGACUUAUCUUCUCUCCCUUCUUUUUUUUUCUUUUUUUCUUUUAAAUAAGUCUAUCUCAAAGCCAUUGCCUUCUCUGGAAAUCUGUCUCUGUGUUCUGGAAGAAGCUAUAAACUGCCUUUGUCGGUCUGCAGCCUCCUCAGGAGCUUCCUGGGUAUAAUCUGAAACUGGCCCUUGUACAUGGAGGGCUGGGAGAGACCAAAGAAAGAGGCAGACCCCUCCAGACUGGUAGGUAGGGGCUUUAAUAAACAAGGGAACUUACUUGUUACAAGGCUUGUCUUGGGUGCCUACAGGGUGAGCAGAUCCCUGCAUCCGCCUGCCAGAAUCAUGAAAGUUUAUAAAGAGGCCUUAACUGGGGCGCCUGGGUGGCUCAGUCGCUGAGCGUCUGCCUUCGGCUCAGGUCAUGAUCCCGGGGUCCUGGGAUCGAGCCCCACAUCGGGCUCCGUGCUCCGCGGGAAGCCUGCUUCUCCCUCUCCCACUCCCCCUGCUUGUGUUCCUGCUCUCGCUGUGUCUCUCUCUGUCAAAUAAAUAAAUAAAAUCUUUAAAAAAAAAAAAGAGGGCUUAACUGGGUUCAGUCACAUACACCAUCCAGAUCUCUCAACAGCACUCUGCUCUCUCAAAGGUAUGUCCUUGGACCAGCUCCCACUGUGCGAACGGUGGGCAGAAUAUACAUUCCAAGGACAGGGGAGGGGGUGAGCAGCUUCUGAAGGCCCAAGUCCAGCUCAUGGAUGAACUAGCAGUCAUGUCCUCUCGAUGACCUCCUCCCAACAGCCUUCAGCUAUUUUCCUUUUCAAAAGGAAAACACCAGUGGGAGAUGGUUCUUACUUAGUUUUAAAUGCAAUUGGGGUCUAUAGUCAGUUUCUAAGGUUUAUAGGAUGAACUUCGGCUUACAGAGAAAGAUACAGUUAAAAAGUUAGGAUAAUCAGAUUCUAAUGUAUGUCUGUAGAACCACAAAGACUUUUCUAAACUCAAUAAUGAACAUAUCAAACAAUCAGAAAAAUGAAACAAAGUAUCAGAACUAGGAAAACACGGUAAUGAACAAAGCACUUUAAAUGUUAAGCGUUCUAUUCACCAGGCAGGUGGUGUGGUAGCACAGCAGAUAGAAAAGUUAAGAGCCUGGUUUGUAAGGAGGAAGAGGACUAGGAUUUCUAGGCUCUGUGCUAAGUGAAAUAAUGGCCUGUAAGCCCAAGGAACUGUAGGAACUUCAGGUCAGGGUGCCCUGGCAGGGAAGGGGCUGUAGGAAUUCCAGGCAAAUUAAAAGAGUAAAGCAAGGCAGCUACAAAGGUCACAGGCACUGUGUCGAGUCUACACCAAAAGUGUGAGGGAGGACAAGGAGGAGAGCUGGAGAACGUCAGAUCUGGGAGGGUGCCCUGAUGCUACCUGUGUGAGGGAUCCCCUGGAAUGGGAUCCACUGAAGAGUUUCAAGCAAGGAAGUGACAGAGUCAGUUUUAUUUUCAGGAGGAUCCGAUUACAGUGCAAUGUGGAGGAAGCUAGGUGGCAGAAAGAGUUGGCCCUGAACUAGGGCAGGCAUAGUAACGUUUUAUUGAAAAGUCUGUAUGCAUAUACGUGUAAUAUGUAUUUCUAUAAUUUGGGGAUUUUA